AGUGAUCGCGCAUUCAGUCAGUGCGGGAUAAAACAUUUCUCUUCUAUUUCCUGGGAAACUUAACAAUGAAAAACCAACUGAUUCAACUUGUGACGCACCAAUCCCGCAGUUUGUCGUUUUUCACGUUGUUUUUCGUUGGUGUCAUCUUCGUUUGGAAGCAGUCGAGUCACGCAAAUAAUUAUUCCAAUCGCAUCCCGUGCAAGAGAAGACCUGACGUAAUCAACGAGACGGAAGAAGUAACUUCCAAUUACAUUUCACCGUUGUGCAAUUGCGGCAAAGAAAUUCCAGUGCAAUCGAUUCAACCCGAUCCGAACUCUUUCAAAUGGUGCAGUCCCGACUCUUCCGUGCGCGGAAUGCACCAAAAAGUCAUCACCUACACGUUGUACGGCAACGUCCACAACGCUUCCGUCGCCAAGCGUUAUUAUUCCUUAUUACGUAACAUUUCACUCACGGCCGAAAGGCAUUAUCCCGAUUGGGUUGUCCGCAUUUACCACAACAUUCGGGACCGAGGCGGACCUGAAAGAGAAGCUCACGAUCAAUUGUGUGAUAUUUAUUGUCGAUUCCACAAUGUCGACUUGUGUAGCGUUCCGCUUCUUGUUGAGCGUAUCGGGAAUCAAACGAUCCCCAUCGAUCCCGCACUGGUUGCGGGACUCAACCCGAAAAUGUUCCGCUAUUUGGUUAUGCUCGAUCCAAAUGUUGACGUUUUCAUUUCGAGGGAUGUCGACAGCAUCAUCUGGCCGAGAGAAGUCGACGCUGUUGCCGAAUGGCUUAAAUCCAAUUAUACUUUCCAUGUUAUGCGCGAUCAUAAAUUCCACGGGUCCAUCAUAUUAGCCGGAAUGUGGGGAGCUAAACUGAUUCAGCGCAGGGAUUUAAUUGAAGGAUUGAUGAGAGCGUUGGUGCUAGCCGGGCAGAAUCAAAUCGGCUGGCAGGAUCAGGCCUCAUUGGACACAAUUGUUUGGCCAGCAGCGAAAUAUGAUGUGAUGGCUCACGAUGCUUAUCAAUGUCAGAACGAGCACCUGACGCGGACUUCUCCACUGAAAGUCUUUCCGUUCCCCACCCAACGCGCUGGCAGAUAUUACGUGGGUGGAGCCGGUGGAGAUCUUUAUCCGGAUAAAUGCCCAGAGGCCUGUCGACCGCCAGACCACAAAGAUUGGGAAUAUUGUUAAAUAGCAUCUGUUAUUCUUGUUUGUAUCGACAGUUCUUGUCCUUGAAUUAUUUGAUGUGUCAAUAAAAAAUAAAUAAAAGAGGCAGACCUUUUCUGUGCAUCGCAACGUAAAAAGAGAAUUAACGUGAAGAAAUAAACUGCUGAUUCGUCCUUGAUGUAAUAUUGCAUUCGUCGUAAAGAAUGCAUUAUAAUUUUUAUUUCUUUGGGAGUGGUUGCUGUGACGGCUUAUUCAUUAACGUUUACGUGCUAAAAUUGAAACAAAUCCU